AAAUUAAUUCCAAUAAAAAAAUCACAAACUUGUUUGCAGUUAUAGUCAUAAUAUUUUUGUUUCGAUUAUUAAUUAAAAUAACUAAAAUAACAAGAAUAUUAAUACAGUAAAUUAUGAGCGAAUCCGAUAUUACAGAAAUACGAAAACAAUGCAUUGAUAGUUUAUUAUUGUGUGCUGAUAAUGUAUCAAAAUAUGUUGACACUGGAAAAGAUGUUGAACUCAACAAGUUAAGAAAGUAUAUACAAAGCUAUUGUUUUUCAGAAGCGCAACAAAAUGUAGAAGCUAUGGCUUUACAGGAAGUUAAAGACAGUGAUAUAUCAGAUCUCAAUAAGCUAGAUGAGGUUGUUAGGAAACGAUUGAUACAAAUUACUCAAAAUACUGAUAUUAGCAGUCACCCUCUUGUAAUUGAAUUUGACAAAAGGAUAGAGAGAAAUACCCAAAUUGUUGCACAAAAUUUGGAUGAAUCCUGUGUGACAAUAACUCAAGCUGAAGAGAACAAUAUAGAUCCAAUAACUUUGAAGCCUAUAGAGAAUCCAGUAAGGAACAAGAUUUGUAAACACGUCUAUGAACGUGACGUUAUACUCAAACACAUCCAACGAAAACAAGGAGCCAAGUGUCCAGUCGCGGGCUGUGUUAGCCAGCAACCUUUACGAAGUGAAAAUCUUAUAUCCGACGAGGAGUUUCGGACGAGGAUGUCAAUACCUCAGAACUCUAACGUGUCGCAGGAAGAAUUGGAUACAGCUGCAGUUUAUAGCCAGGAGUACUAGAAAAGAAUGUAAUCAAUAUAUAAUUAUU